AUGGGCAGAGAAAACGUCGAAUUCAAGACUUCGGAUCGGGUCACCUUGAGAGGAUGGUUCUACACCAGCGACUCGGCUUCCGGGAAAGCACCAUGCCUUGUCAUGUCCCACGGCUUCACGGCCCUCAAGGAAAUGGACCUUGAUGCCUUCGCCGAAUACUUCGUGUCCAACUUGCCCAUCACCUGCCUGGUCUACGACAAUCGCGGCUUUGGUGAUAGCGAUGCUGCAGAGGGGGAACCGAGGAGUGAGAUCAUCCCAAUGACUCAAUGCAGCGACAUCUCGGAUGCCAUCACCUACGCGUCGACGAGGCCUGAAGUCAACCCGGACAAGAUUGGAAUCUGGGGUUCGUCAUACAGUGGCGGCCACGUGCUAUACGUCGGGGCUGUUGAUCGAAGGGUCAAAGCCGUCCUCAGUCAGGUCCCUUGCGUCAGCGGAUGGGACAACUUCAAUCGCCUCGUGCGUCCGGAUUUCGCGGUCGGAUUCAAUGCGACCUUUGCUGCAGAUAGGAUUGCUCGAGCAGAAGGGAAGGAGCCUGGAUUCGUUCCCGUGGUGGAUGCCGACCCUUUAAAGCCGUCCGCGUUGCCCACGCCAGACAGCUACGAAUUCUUCACCGCCUGGGAGAAGAAGUGUCAGUGGAAGAACACUUGCACAGUCAAGACCGUCGAGCUCUUCCGCGCCUAUGAGCCGCAGCAACUCAUUGAGAAGAUCUCGCCGACACCGCUCCUUAUGACAAUCGCGAGAGGAGACGUGCUCACCCCCUCGGACCUUGCUCUCGGGGCUUACGCACGGGCAAAGGAGCCGAAGCAACUGCAACUUUUGCCUUGCGGUCAUUUCGAGGCGUACUCUGGCCCGUAUUUCGAAAGGAACGCUGGGACUCAGACCGAAUUCCUCAAGAAAUGGCUGGUCGAAGGUGGAUGA